CCAGCGCUUUUACCUUGAAUACACGAUAAUAUUUCGAGGAUGAGCUGGGGACACGAUCAUCCGGUCAAGCCUUCUUUUUCACAAAUUUCAGUGGACAAGUUUCGUCAUAUCGGGCUGGGAUUUUCGUCAUUCUUUUCAAGUCCUUGAAAUGUUUGAGUCAUUUCGCUCAACGCAGAAAUCUGAAAUAAGGACAAUUUAGGCUACUUACGCCGUCUGACAGAGUAUUCGAGCAAGAUGAUCAGAGUUUUGUCGGGAACGUUUGGCCAACAUUGCGGGCGCCAACUAAGGCAGGCUGUCCACAAGAGGGCGCUAAACUCCCAAAUCACUUCCGCACCCUCGAGCAGCACCCCAACAGCCGCACUCCAGCUACUGCCCCGCACCAGGCACCUCAUCGGCACCCAAGCAGCCAGCUACUCCGGUUUCUCCAGGAUGUACCAGUGCGUCCGGCCGCGCGUCCCCAUCAACGAUGCCAACACGAGGGCGGCAUCUACCAUGAGUUCGGUGCGGUCGUUGCUCAAGGUCUUCAGGAUCAGGUACCUGGUGAUCGGCGGGGCGGUCGCCGGUGGAGUCAGCCUUAAAAUGACGUAUAAUUCCUGGAUCGAGAAACUACCGGACUUGUCCUGGAUGGACAAGUACACUCCGGACAGCGGGACCUUCAGACACGCCGUGGCCGAAAUGAAGAAACUGGCCGGCCACAUUCAUCUGCCGGAGAAGGGCUGGCUGAAAGGCACGCUGAAAGGCACGCUGCCUACCAGAGAAUCCAUGCACAAAUGGAUGCCGGAGGCCAGAGAAGAUGCACUGUUGUUUGAGCACCAGGGGUCCCAGGGUGAAGGCAGAGAAAAUAUCUCAAAGACUUUACAAUGGGCAGGAAAAGAAGGAAAGAGUUUCUUCACCUCAUUUCAAGCCGACUCAUCGGAAACAGAGGAGAAAUCCAGUCUACCCAGUACACCGCUUGGGCCAAGUGAUAAAGAUAAGUUGGAGAAGGCAAAAGAAGAAUUUCUAGAAGCUCAGUUGAGAUACCAGCGUGAGAUUGAGCGUCUUGAGAGGGACAAUAAACGGCUGAAGAAAUCUCUCCUCCUGAGGGGCGAUAAACAUGCCAUGACACCCAAGGAGAAGAAAUCGUUGAUUGACAUGUACUCUGAGGUUCUGGAUGAGUUGGCCGGUGCUGACGAUUCUUACCAGAUGCAGGACCAUCUACCAAGGGUUGUUGUCGUUGGUGAUCAGAGUGCCGGAAAGACAAGCGUCCUCGAGAUGAUUGCCCAAGCUAGGAUAUUCCCAAGAGGUUCUGGUGAGAUGAUGACUAGGUCGCCGGUCAAGGUCACACUGAGUGAGGGACCACAGCACGUGGCGCAGUUCAAAGACAGUAACAGAGAGUUUGAUUUGACCAAGGAAUCAGAGCUGAAGGCGUUGAGACAGGAAAUAGAACUGAGAAUGAAAAACAGUGUGCAACAAGGACAGACCAUCAGCACCGAUGUGAUUUCUCUGAGUGUCCGCGGGCCUGGCAUCCAACGAAUGGUCCUGGUGGAUCUGCCCGGUAUUAUCAGUACUGUAACCACAGGAAUGGCAGCGGAUACGAAGGACAGCAUCCAGAAACUGAGCAAGAUGUACAUGAACAACCCUAACGCAAUCAUACUGUGUAUACAAGAUGGUGCAAUAGACGCUGAGAGGAGUAUAGUGACGGACAUCGUCAGCGACGUGGACCCCCAGGGUAAGAGGACGAUCUUUGUCCUGACCAAGGUGGAUCUUGCCGAGAGAAACGCGGCCAACCCAAGCAGGAUCAAGCAAAUACUCGAAGGGAAGCUGUUCCCAAUGAAGGCUCUUGGAUAUUUCGCUGUUGUCACUGGAAAAGGCAAUACCAGUGACAGCAUAGACACCAUCCGCAAAUAUGAGGAGCAGUUUUUCAGGGGAUCGGCACUCUUCAAGUCUGGUACCCUGAAGCCCAGUCAGAUGACUACGCAGAACCUGAGCUUUGCAGUGUCUGACUGCUUCUGGAAGAUGGUUCAGGAGUCGGUUACGCAGCAGGCCGACAUCUACAAAGCUACUAGAUUUAAUCUAGAAACAGAAUGGAAGAACAACUUUGCAAGGCUACGAGAACUGGACAGGGACGAACUAUUUGAGAAAGCCAAGGGUGAGAUACUGGAUGAGGUGCUGUGCCUGAGUGAGAUCCAGCCUAAAGUCUGGGAAGAGGCAUUGUCUAAAGUUCUAUGGGAGCGGAUGUCUGGCUACGUGUUUGAGAAUAUCUACCUUCCUGCCGCCCAGUCACCGGAUGCUGGGACCUUCAAUACUACGGUCGACAUCAAACUCAAACAGUGGGCCGAUCAGCAACUCCCCAAGAAAAGCGUUGAUGUUGCUCUGGAGACACUGGUGGAGGAGUUCUCCAAACUUGUAGACAUGGACAAGGCCAAGGGUAGUCACGAUCCUCUCUUCAACGACGUCAAGUCGGCCGUCAAGCAAGAAGGCAUCAACAGGCACAAGUGGCAGGAACAGGCUGCCGAUAGUCUGAGAGUAAUGCAAGUCAAUGCUUUGGAGGAUCGGUCGGUUCAUGAUAAGCAUGAAUGGGACUCGGCCAUCAGCUUCAUGGACAGCGUACUCAGGAUCAGACUACAAGAAACUGAUAGUCUUAUUCAAGAGCUGAUGGGACCAGGUACCACUACGCGCUGGCUGUACUGGAAGUCACUUACCGCUGAACAGAAUAAUAGGAGACAGGCCAGGGAGGAACUGGAGAAACUACUGCAAGCUUCAGAGAAGCACCAACCCGUGCUGUCCAGUGACGAGGUGACAGCCGUCAGGAAGAACCUAGAAACGAAGGCGGUGUCCGUCGACAGUGAAUUUAUACGGGAGACGUGGCACCCGCUUUACCGCAAGUACUUCCUGCAGAAGGCCAUCAACAAGGCCCAGGAAUGCCGGAGAGGAUUCUUCCAUUAUCAGAGGGGGUUCAGCGAUACAGGGAUGGAAUGUCACGAUAUCGUUCUAUUCUGGAGGAUACAGAAGACACUGCAACUCACCAGUAACGUGCUGCGACAGCAGAUCAUGAACACCGAAGCAAGGCGGCUUGAGAUGGAGGUUAAGCAAGUCCUGGAAGAUUUCGGCGAUGACUCGGAACUCAAGACUCGACUACUCACAGGCAGAAGGGUGGACCUCGCUGAGGAACUCAGUAAGUCCAACUUUCUUGUUCUUCUUUCAUUCUUUCUGGUUUUUAUAUAUAUUUUGUGAAUGUUUUCGUUUUCC